AUGGGCUGGCUCCCUUGGUCCUCCGACGACUCCACCAAAGCCUCCGACGGCGGCCGCAUAGCCCCCGACCGGAGCUCCCGCGAAAAGUGCUGGGAAGGCCGGGAUCUGUUCUUCUCCUGCCUGGACAAAAACAACAUCAUCGACUCGAUCAAGGAAGAUAAGGAGGCACGGCGUCAAUGCGGGAAGGAACUGGCACAGUUUGAGGGGUCGUGCGCGAAAGCUUGGGUCAAAUACUUCAAGGAGAAGCGGGUGAUGGAAUAUAACCGGGACAAGACAAUCGAGCGCAUCAAGAAGGAAGAUGCGGCCAAGGUUGCGGAUCUCAAGGCACAAGGGUGGACGCCGAGGUGA